AUGACAGACUGGGUUCAUUGCAACACAUGCUUCAGACAACCAGGGAGUGGUCCAAAGUUUGCCCUUACAAACUGUGGUCAUAUCUACUGUGGCGACUGCUUGGAAACAAGUACAAAAGACAAAUGCAAAAUGUGUGGAAAUCCAUGUACAUCAAUUACGCUAUCAGCAAAGAUGAAACCUGAUGUUGAGAUAUACUUUACUGAUCCUGCAGAGAUAUUGAAAAAACAUCAGAAGCAGCUUAUAAUGGUAUUGGAUUUUCAGAAGAACCACCGACAAAGGUUAACAAGUAACAGGAGAGAAGUAAUAUCCAGGCAUAUUUCAAUCCUCGAGUCUGCCAAGGAGAGGAUGAAAGAAAUGGACUGUGAGAUAAACCGUUUGAGGGAAGAAAAUAGGAAACUAAGAAGUCUAGUGUCUGGUUCACCUGGUCCCAAUGCACCUCUCAAAUGUUCACAAAGACAAUUGACACCAGGCAGAGGGAUGAAUAGUUCUCCUGCUUCCUCAAUAAGCAGCAUGGGCAGAAUGGCUCACAAGACGCCAUCACCUUCUAAGGGUAGAGGUAGUUCACCAUUCAACAAGCGACCAUAUCCUACAACACCAACAGCCAUGGAUGUAAGUAAAGGAUCAAUUCAGAGUCCGCAAGUUGUGACCCCAGGCCCAGCAAGGUAUUGCAUACGUACCCCACCCUCAGGAGGCAGAAUGGGUACUAUAACACCUACAUCAUGUGGAAGUAUGAUGCCUUCCAAGAUAAAUACUCCAGGCACACCUGGUUUAUCGCCCAUUAGCAACAGUCCUACUGCAUACCAUCAAAGGGGUGGUUAUGGGACACAUGAGAGGAAAAAUACACCAGGGGCUGGAGGUGAUCAUGCAAUGGGUCGAAAACAAAUUCAGUUGAACUACACUCCAAAUAGGAGCCAUCCAGUAUUAGGGAUGUCUGUGUCCGCAAGCCAGCCUUAAACCAUCCUACCCGAUCAAGAAAUGACACUUGAAGUAUUCUUUAGUAAGCUACCAUGAUCUGUCCAGAGGCAAUCUUAAAUCUAUGCUUACAUUCCCUGCAUUCACAGAUAACAGCCCAAUUCACAUCAGAGAAUGUAUUGCACACAUUUGCUUGUGUAAAACAGGAAGAACU